UAAAAAGAGAAUAAAGAAUUUUGUUAUGGUGAUUCUAGUGCCAAAGCUGAAGAAACCAUUUUAGCAAUGAGGAAGACGAUAGACAGUGGCCAGUCCAGCUGAGAAUGGCUAGUGCCGACUGUAAACAACCAGCAAGUUCAAGACUUGAACUUCUUCUCUGAUAUUCUGACCCACCCACCCACCCACCAAGUAAUGUUUUCUUUUUUUUUUUUUUUUGUUUACACUACUCCACUCUACUUUUUUUUUUAAAAAAAAAAUAUUGUUAGUAUAUAAACUGGACAUCGCAAUCGGAAUGUGUUUAUCUUUCUAUCUGUCUGAAUAGAAUAAUAAAGAAAGAGAGGGAAAAAGAGAUGGGUCAGCUUCUUCUUCAGAAUUCACUCCAAGAGCUUCUCUUUUGUGGAAAAUUUAACCGCCCAAAGGUGCACAACUACAGGCCAUGUUGGUUUGUCGACGGGUGUGUUCAAUCUAUGCGAUCUUUCACAUGUCGCAGUCUUCAUUAUUCCAUUCAAGGAAGUUGGAAGUUGGCUAAUCAUUUUGAAGACCCAAUUACUCAUAAUAAUGUCUUUGAUUGUAGUGAAGGAGAGUCAGACACCUUACCUUACGUUCAAACUCUUAGAAAAUUUCCAAAGCAAGAGCUUCUUAGAAAGGCUGUAUUGGUUAGGUUUGAUUCUACCAUUUUGCUUCAAGAAGAGGCUGAUCAUAUAGCUCAAUCACCCUCCAAUGCACUCUUAACUAUUAGGUAUUUACUUGAAGCUGGAGCUAAAGUCAUUCUAGUUAGUGAUUGGAGUGUGCGAAAUAACUUAAAGCUCUUUGAUUCAGAGUCCAUUGCAGAUAUCUUGUCAUCUAGGCUGCAAUAUAAAGUUGUUCCUGUACGGCACAUUUCUCCUGUGAGACUACCAGAGAUGGAAAGCUCUGAGAGAGCAGAUAUUUUUCUUCUAGAUAAUCUAUCAGAGUUUAAAUUGGAAGUUGCUAACUGCCCAAAGUUUGCUGAAGAACUGUCACUGGGAAUUGAUGUUUUUGUUAACGAUUCCUUUUCCCAUUCUCAUAAAAUUCUUGCAUCAACUGUUGGUGUUACACGCUUCUGCGAUGUGUGUGUAGCUGGUUUUCAAUUUGAAGAGAGCCUAAAGCAGCUUAGAAAUGUGAAGGGAACCAAAAAAAGAGAACCUUAUAUGGCAAUUAUUGGAGGGGGCAAUUUUCUUGAUAAAGCCUCUGCAUUGCAAUUUUUGGCUUCCAGAUGUGAAGCAUUGAUCUUUGUUGGAAUGAUGUCUAUUCAAAUCAUGCAUGUCCUGGGCCUAUCAGUUCCUUUAAAUCUGGUGGAACAUGGGGCACUUAAAGAAUCUUUAGAUGUAGUCCAGUUCGCACAAAGUAGAAAUGUACAAAUUGUGUAUCCCAAAGAUUUUUUGUGCAAGAAUGUUCAACUUCCAAAUCAAUUAGAGAUAUUUCCUUCUCAUCGUGUUUUGGAUGGAUGGGUACCUGUUGAUAUUGGACCUGUAACAUUGGAUGAAAUAAAGUCCUUGCUUACAAAAUGCAAGAAAACUAUGUGGAUUGGUCCAGUGAAAUUUCACAAGAGCAGCUGUAUAAGUGGAGCAUCUAAACUAGCUCAAAUUCUUACUCAACUUAGUCAAAAUGAAUGUGAUGUAACUGUUGUUGGGAAUAUUGCAUGUGAAGCACUAAUGAAGGAACCAAAUCCUGUCUCUGUUUGCAAUAUGAUAUACAAAGCUUCAGUUGUAUGGGAAUAUCUAAAAGGAAGAAAGCUUCCAGGGGUUCUGGCCUUAGAUAGGGCAUAUCCAUUUGAUACCGAUUGGAAUUCUGUGUUUGUUGAUCCAUCUAAGCCUUUGGUAGUUGAUAUUGGAAGUGGCAAUGGAAUUUUUCUUCUGGGAAUGGCCAAUCGAAGGAAAGAUUUGAACUUUCUUGGGUUAGAGAUCAACGAAAAGCUCGUCAGACGUUGUUUGGAUUCCAUUAAUAGACUUCCGAUGAAAAAUGGGUACUUCAUUGCGACGAAUGCAACAUCGACUUUCCGUUCUAUUGUUUCUAGCUAUCCUGGAGAGUUGUUUCUUGUGUCAGUACAGUGCCCAAAUCCUGAUUUCAACAAUCCAGAACAUAGAUGGAGAAUGGUACAGAGGUCAUUGGUAGAAGCUAUAGUGGAACUCCUUGUACCAAAUGGGAAGGUCUUUUUGCAAUCUGACAUAGAAGCUGUUUCACUGAGAAUGAAAGAAGAGUUUCUGAAAUAUGGCAAAGGUAGACUAGUUGUGCAUGAAGGAGGCAAUGCCAUAACAAGUGAAGGGUGGCUCAAGGAGAAUCCAUUUGGAAUUCGGUCAGAUUGGGAACGACAUGUCUUAGAUCGCGGUGAUCCUAUGUACAGAUUAAUGCUAUCUAAAUUAACCAAUGUUGAAAUGUGAAGCUAUUCUGAGGGUAUGAUGUGUGAAACCAUCAUCACCAUAUGUGUAGUGAUUGUCUGAUUGAUCAUCUUGAAUAGUUCAUUUGUAUGGCUAGGUGGUUAGCCAGUUUUGAAUCACCACCCUUUGUUUUGAGACACUCUUUUUUCUGAGCUAUAUAGUAAAAAACAUAAUUUCCAA